GUCAUCGAGCUCGGCUUGCCCUUCUCUGACCCCUCUGCCGACGGGCCAGUGAUUCAGGCAUCCGCUGCGCGUGCGUUGGCUGCUGGCGCGACCACGGACACCGUGCUGUCGAUGCUGAAGGAGGUGACGCCGGAGCUGUCCUGCCCCGUGGUCAUCUUCUCUUACUUCAACCCCAUUGUGCGCUGUGGGACGGGAUGUUUCGCCGCGGCUGCCAAAGAAGCCGGUGUCAAAGGCAUUAUCAUUCCCGACCUUCCAUACGAGGAGAUGCAUGCUUUCAGGAAAAAAGCCAUCAAGAACGAUCUGGAGCUGAUCCUCCUUACAACGCCAGCUACACCAUUAGAGAGGAUGAAAGAAAUCACAAAAGCUUCAGAAGGGUUUGUUUACCUUGUAAGUGUCGUUGGAGUUACAGGAGCCCGGGCAACCGUAAACCCGCGUGUCAAGGAUCUUCUUCAGGAGAUUAGACAGGUCACAAACAAAGCAGUGGCGGUUGGCUUUGGCAUAUCGACCCCGGAACAUGUUAGCCAGAUUGCCGAGUGGGGUUCAGAUGGAGUGAUCAUUGGUAGUGCAAUGGUGAAACAGUUGGGUGAAGCAAAUUCUCCAAGAGAAGGAUUAAAGAGGCUAGAAGUAUAUGCCAAGAGUUUGAAGAAUGCACUCCCAUGA